CCUCCCGGCGUCCCCCCCCAAAGUGGCACUCGCCGUCCCCGCCUGCUCCGCUCCAGCGCCCGACCGAGGGACGAUGACCAAGCUGCUGCUGGGCCUCUCGGCCCUCCUCUGCCUGGUGGACGGGGCCGAAGCCGUACGCUGCCAUCACUGCCUGGAGUUCAAGGAUGGGAAGUGCAUUUUGGGCCCGGGGGACUGCAGACCGAAAGCGGGGGAGUCCUGCGUGACCCAGAAAAUCGUCACCUUUGGCGCAGGUAUUAAGAAUUAUGAGAAAUUCGUCACCGGGUGUGUGAAGAACUGCCGAGAGAGGAGGUUCCCCGUCUGGCCCAACCAGCAAGCCCACAUCAGAUGUUGCAAAAACCGUGACUUCUGCAAUGACCCAAACAUUCCCUUUGCUGUGCCCCUCUGAUUCCGGCCGGCGGGGAGCUCCCUCGACUGUGCCCUCCUCCCGACCCCCCUAAAAAUCCACCCUCCCUGUCCUUUCCGGCUGCCAGCUUGCUUAAACCCUCUAAGGUCCCCCGGCCCUCCACUCCCGUUGCUUCCCGAUAAAGG